UAAAAAGCUGCACAGAUGCUCUCAGUGCAAGGUUGCUAAAUACUGUGGUAGAUCCUGUCAGAAAGAAGCUUGGAUGGACCACAAGCAGGAAUGCAGGUGUCUUAAGAGCAUCGAGCCCAAUUUUCCUCCAGACUCUGUCAGACUUGCUGGCAGGAUUGUUUUUAAACUACUCAGACAAUCAGUAUGCCCUUCUGAGAGACUCUACUCUUUUUAUGAUCUUCAGUCAAACACUGAACAGUUAAGUGAAGAAAUGAAAGAUGGCCUCAGGCACCUUGCGCAGACUUUGCAACUGUAUUUGAAAACUGAGAUCCAGGAUGAGUCUCAAUUGCCACCUGCAAUUGACUUUUUUCAGAUCUUCACAAAAGUUUUUGGCAUUAGCUCAGUUUUGCCUCAGCAGCCUUAGUUGUCUGCAUCUGGUCCACCUUCUGGCUGAUUUCAUGCAUGGGGUCAGUAGCUCCAGUGAAAGACUGAUGUCUGAUUCGUGUGGUUCAAGACUGAAGGGAUGAUUGCAACCCUCAGUUCUUCCACAAGUCAGUCUGAUAGAACAAAGGAUUAUAUGAUAUCAGUGUCAUUAAACUGUGCCUGACCAAAAUGGCUUUCAAAUGUACCAGUUUUGUCUUUUUAUUGAACUGAGGGUGGCCAUAAAA